GGCCGCCGCCGGGUGAUGCAGUGACCGCUGCGGCAGACUCAGGAGCCGAGUGGGCCCUGGCCCUCAGUCCGUCCCGCCGGACCCGCGCUCCGGAACUCCGCAUCUUCUCCGGCCGACCCUCGAGCACCGAGGCGGCCUCGCACCCCCUCGCCCCUUCCCGGGCCCUCCCCUGCCCCCUUCCCUGCCCCGGGGGCUGUCGCCACCCGCCUCCCACGAUGGCUCUGAAGAGAAUCCACAAGGAAUUGGAUGACCUGGCACGGGACCCCCCAGCACAGUGUUCAGCAGGUCCGGUUGGAGAUGAUAUGUUCCAUUGGCAAGCUACAAUAAUGGGGCCAAAUGACAGUCCCUAUCAGGGUGGAGUAUUUUUCUUGACAAUUCAUUUCCCAACAGAUUACCCCUUCAAACCACCUAAGGUUGCAUUUACAACAAGAAUUUAUCAUCCAAAUAUUAACAGUAAUGGCAGCAUUUGUCUUGAUAUUCUACGGUCACAGUGGUCUCCAGCACUAACUAUUUCAAAAGUACUUUUGUCCAUCUGUUCUCUGUUGUGUGAUCCAAAACCAGAUGAUCCUUUAGUGCCUGAGAUUGCUCGGAUCUACAAAACAGAUAGAGAAAAGUACAACAGAAUAGCUCGGGAAUGGACUCAGAAGUAUGCGAUGUAAUUAAAGAAAUUAUUGGAUAACCUCUACAAAUAAAGAUAGGGGAACUCUGAAAGAGAAAGUCCUUUUGAUUUCCAUUUGACUGCUUUCUAUGAGCCCACGCCUCAUCUUCCCCUGUGCACAUGUUUACCUGAUACAGCAGUGCUGCGUGUUGUACAUACUUGGAACAACAAGCUAGAAAUACUGUACUUCUGUACCAACAUUGCCUCCUAGCAGAGAAGUGUGUGUGUGACAAGCCAUUUCUCCAGGCAUAACCUAGGUGUGACACUAAAAGCUUUCCUUAUUGACUUAAAUUUGGAUGACAGCAGAGUGAGGGGUGGUGGGUAUGGUGUGUGCUUGGAUGGGGAAGAAAAGCUCCACUGACCUGUAGGAGAUUGUUUUUUAAGUGAAAUCCUAUUAAACUCAAAACAGUUAUGAAAAGCAAGGCGAAGAACAUGAAGCUGUUUCUAUUUUCAUUUUAAUCCGAAGGACUUACGUCUUAGGUGAA